UUGCAAUAAAUGAAGUGAUUGUGAUUUUUACGUCUACAGAGACCAGAUCAAGGAACAGACUGUCUCCGCUGAGUGUGUGGCCUCCAGGACAGGUGUUGCUCCCUCACUGACCUCUUCAUUUGUACUGCCUCACACUGCAGCCUAUGAAGGAAAGUACAUGCCAUAAAAAUACCUGAGAUAACAUUUCACUAUUAUGCAGUAAGGGAUGUGAACUUUGACCUGUUCUUUUCUUAUCCGCAAAAAAUAAGCUCUCUAGCUCUCAUCGAUUGUAUGGUGCUUAAUGGAUUUGUAACUGCUUAGGAUAGUCAUAAAAGUAAUUUGAGCAAAAGGGGUGGGACUCCGAAGGCAGGGCGUGGAUUCACACCAGAAACGGGUGGGAGAUGAAUGGGUAACCCUGGCCACCCGAAGCUGCACGACUGCGAGAGACCAAGCCAAAGAAGUCAUAUCAGUCCAACAAAAAGAACAUGACAAUUUAUAAUUCGUUAUGUGACGUCUCUGUAUAAGACAUGAUCGUGCAAAUAUGGCGUGCAGUUGAUUUAGUGUUUCUGAGGCGCAAAAAACAGUAAAUCUCACUAAAUGUUUAGUCUUGCAACCAAAAGUUAUUCUUUUACAUUUAAUACGGCAUGAUUCCUCCGUUUAACGUGUUAUUUCUUGCGAAGCAAAGACACUCAUGGGAUGUUGGACAACGACUUUCGACUUCGGACACCUGAAAGCGCAUUCCAAGGUGUCCGUGUUCUUUACCAUGCUCCUUAUAUUCACCUAUUUAUUCUACUGUCUCACUGGAUACUGCGAUUCCAUACCGAGUCCACUGUACGUCCAUCAAAGUUUCAGAAGCAAACUUUUCCCGAAGGAAGGGAAGAAACUCCAGCCGGACGCGCACUGGAACGGCUCCAUCGUACGCGAACUCCCCGAUCAGGAUGCGACAGACGUGGAAGAUGAGAAGAGGCAGCGAGGCUUAGGCUAUGACACUUACAACAAUAUUUCUGUGUCAAACAAUUUUGGCACCAAAGAGUUUCCUCAGGCGAUUAUUAUCGGCGUGAAAAAGGGGGGAACGCGCGCGCUUCUGGAGUUCCUGCGCGUUCAUCCAGAUGUGAGAGCCGUGGGCGCAGAGCCGCACUUCUUUGACAGGUUCUAUGAGAAGGGUCUUCAGUGGUACAGGAAUCUAAUGCCUCGUACUUUAGACGGCCAGAUCACCAUGGAGAAGACACCCAGCUACUUCAUCACACGUGAAGCCCCUUCCCGAGUUUUCUCCAUGAGCCGCAGCACUAAACUCAUCGUGGUGGUCCGUGAUCCCGUGACCCGGGCCGUGUCGGACUACACUCAGACUCUGACCAAAAACCCCGGCUUGCCAUCUUUCCAGAAUUUGGUCUUUAAGAACUCCACCACGGGUCUGAUCGACACAUCCUGGAGCGCCGUGAGGAUCGGCAUCUACGCCAAACACCUGGAGAACUGGCUCAGGUAUUUCCCGCUAUCGCAGCUUCUCUUCGUGAGCGGCGAGAAGCUGGUGACGGACCCCGCGGGAGAAAUGGGCAGGGUGCAGGACUUUCUGGGACUCAAACGGGUGGUGACCAAUAAGCACUUCUACUUUAACCAGACUAAAGGCUUUCCCUGCCUCAAAAAGCCAGAAGGAAGCAGCAGACCGCGAUGUCUGGGGAAGACGAAAGGGCGACCGCAUCCGCACAUACCGGCAGAGGUGCUGCACAGACUCAGGGAUUUCUACAGGCCUUUCAACAUGAAGUUCUACCAGAUGACUGGGCAGGACUUUGGCUGGGACUAAAGAGCUGCAGCCAGGACCCUUUUUGAUAAUGCAGAAAGCUAUGAAACGGUCUUACUGAAUUUCACUCUAUGCACAGUCAAAGCUCACAGUGCAUAUAAUGUGUACUGGCCCAGAAAGACAAUGAGAAACAAAAAUAAUUUAGAAUUUUGAAAUCACAAACACAAAACUUUUGCAAGAGAACACAAAAGCAUUGAAAUAUAUUUUUUCCUUCCAUUUCAUACUUUUUCAUCAUCAUGUCACUUUAGGGGCUCUGUAUGGAAGCUUGUUUUUGCCACUAAAUAAAAAAUAAAAAAGGUAAUUGCGGCUUUUUAUCUUACA